GGGUCUCCCAGGGGAGGCAGAGGGAGGCUGGCCUUUCCCUUUAAGAACAUCUUCUCACUCCCCCUCCCUUAUCCAGAAGCAAGUCAUCAGGCAGUGCCAGAGUCCAAAGAAAGAGCCUUCAGCUCCAGAGGAAACCACUGCUGUCGGUACCGGUAUGUCUUACAGUGUGACUCUGACUGGGCCUGGGCCCUGGGGCUUCCGUCUGCAAGGAGGCAAGGACUUCAAUAUGCCCCUCACUAUCUCCCGGAUCACUCCAGGCAGCAAGGCAGCCCAGUCCCAGCUCAGCCAAGGAGACCUCGUGGUGGCCAUCGAUGGCGUCAACACGGACACUAUGACCCACCUGGAGGCCCAGAACAAGAUCAAAUCCGCCAGCUACAACCUGAGCCUCACUCUGCAGAAAUCCAAGCGUCCUGUUACCAUCUCCACAACAGCACCCCCGGUCCAGUCCCCACUGCCAGUGAUACCCCACCAGAAGGAUCACGCUCUGGACACGAACGGCAGCCUGGCGACUCCCAGCCCCAGCCCUGAGGCGAGGGCCAGCCCAGGCACCCCGGGCACCAUGGAGUUCGGGGACACCUUUAGCUCCUCCUUCUCCCAGACCUCUGUCUGCACCCCACACAUGGAGUCUGCCCUUCCUCAGGGCAGCCCAGUGGCUAAGGCCAGCCCAGAGGGUAUCCAGGGCUCAGUCAGCCCCCAAGUUCUGCCAGGCCCCAGGCAACCGAGGCAAUAUAACAACCCCAUUGGCCUGUACUCAGCAGAGACCCUGAGGGAGAUGGCUCAGAUGUAUCAGAUGAGCCUUCGAGGAAAGGCCUCAGGUGCUGGACUCCUAGGAGGGAGUCUCCCUGUGAAAGACUUGGCUGUGGAUAGCGCCUCUCCGGUGUACCAGGCUGUGAUCAAAAACCAAAGCAAGCCAGAAGAUGAGGCCGAUGAGUGGGCCCGCCGGUCCUCCAACCUGCAGUCCCGCUCCUUCCGCAUCCUGGCCCAGAUGACAGGGACCGAAUACAUGCAAGACCCUGACGAAGAAGCCCUGCGGAGGUCCAGCACCCCUAUUGAGCAUGCUCCAGUGUGCACCAGCCAGGCCACUACCCCGCUGCUGCCUGCUUCUGCCCAGUCGCCCGCUGCUGCCUCUCCCAUUGCAGCCUCGCCAACCCUGGCCACAACUGCUGCUGCCCACGCUGCCGCUGCCUCUGCUGCAGGUCCUGCCUCAAGCCCUGUGGAGAGUCCGAGGCCACAAGCCUCUGCCUACAGCCCUGUGGCAGCCACCUCUCCAGCACCUUCUGCCCACACCAGCUACAGUGAGGGUCCAGCUGCCCCUGCACCCAAGCCCCGGGUCGUAACCACUGCCAGCAUCCGGCCCUCUGUCUACCAGCCAGUGCCUGCAUCUACCUACAGCCCAUCCCCAGGAGCCAAUUACAGUCCAGCUCCCUAUACCCCCUCACCUGCUCCUACUUAUACCCCCUCACCUGCACCCACCUAUACCCCUUCCCCUGCACCCACCUAUACCCCUUCCCCUGCACCGGCUUAUACCCCCUCACCUGCCCCGAACUAUAACCCUGCCCCAUCGGCAGCCUACAGCGGGGGCCCUGCAGAGUCCACCAGCCGCCCACCCUGGGUGACUGAUGACAGCUUCUCUCAGAAGUUUGCUCCUGGAAAGAGCACCACCUCUGUCAGCAAGCAGACCCUGCCCCGGGGAGCUCCAGCCUACAACCCAACAGGUCCACAGGUGACCCCUCUUGCCAGGGGCACCUUCCAGAGAGCUGAGCGCUUCCCAGCUAGCAGCCGGACUCCCCUCUGUGGCCACUGCAACAAUGUCAUCAGGGGCCCCUUUCUGGUAGCCAUGGGCCGCUCUUGGCACCCGGAAGAGUUCAACUGUGCCUACUGCAAGAACUCCCUGGCAGACGUGUGCUUCGUGGAGGAGCAGAACAAUGUUUACUGUGAGAGGUGCUAUGAGCAGUUUUUUGCUCCGCUCUGUGCCAAGUGCAACACCAAGAUCAUGGGGGAAGUGAUGCACGCUCUCAGACAGACAUGGCACACGACCUGCUUCGUCUGCGCAGCCUGCAAGAAACCCUUUGGAAACAGCCUCUUCCACAUGGAGGAUGGAGAGCCAUACUGCGAGAAAGACUACAUCAAUCUGUUCAGCACCAAGUGUCACGGCUGUGAUUUUCCUGUGGAAGCUGGCGAUAAGUUUAUCGAAGCCCUGGGGCACACCUGGCAUGACACCUGCUUCAUCUGUGCGGUCUGCCACGUGAAUCUGGAGGGACAGCCAUUCUACUCCAAGAAAGACAAGCCACUGUGCAAGAAGCAUGCACAUGCCAUAAAUGUGUAGAGCCCCGGAUGUUCCCGCUUCGACAAUGGAGGAGUCAAAGAAGCCGACGUUUCUUCUUGGGGGGGGGCAAGAGAAGUGGUAGAACCUUUUGAAGUCUAAUUUUAGUCUUUUCUUGUACACACAGAUUGUGUAUUCAUGUAGUUCAGACUAGAAACCAAAAGAAGAUUCUAAACCCAGCUAGUAAUUAAUCCACUGCUGGAACUGCGCUUCAGACAUUUGGGAAAGAAUUCCGAGAAAUCAAAAGUCAAAAACAAAAAGCAGUGCUCAAAAAUGAUACACCUCCCCGGCCAUCACUGCCACCCGUGCAGGGACAGUGCUCAGGGCAGUUGUGGAGGGUCCAAAACUCACAGCAGAGUUCUGGAGAGCUCCUUGGCAAACACAAUGAUGUGGCAAACAGUAUUUGCUCUGGGGUUAUUUUUAGAACGGGCACUGAGAGCUCCUUAGCUUAGACCCAUUGGGCCUUCCUCACCAAAAAAGGAAGAGUCGUUCCGUUAGCAUCACAGAGUUUCCUCAGCACAUCAGACUUCAGAUGUUGAACAAACUCGAAAUCUGUAAGGGGAGCCCAGACUUCUGAAGCGAUGUCGGGCCACUGCUGAGCAAAUGGGGAGACCCCGGAAAGGUCUUUGACUAGUGCCACAAACAACCGAGAAAAGAUGGGCUCUCUCUACAUCUCCCCCUUUCAGUCUGGAACAUCUGAUGUCUCUGGACGGCCUUGCUCCUUUUUGGAUUGUCAUGGGAAAGUGAAUUGGGUUUCUCCUGUUUUGCUUUGCAAUGUGUCCGAAGAGGUUUGCAAAGGACUCUGGGGUCGGGUUUAGUCUUUGUUUUGCUUGAAAGAGGGUCCCGAGCAUGACUGUUCCGUCCGUGCAUGAAUUUCACCCCACCCACCACUGCUUAUGGUGUGUGUGGGGGGGUGAAAUAUGUCUUCCUCCUCCCCACCCGCAGACAGGCUCAGUGGAAAGAAAAGAGAGAUGGCAUCGAACACAGGAUGGUAGAACAGGCUCUCACGCCCAACUGUGCAUGGGGAGAGGACCUUGCUCUCUGCCAACCUCAGCACCGGCUGCGGGACCCGUCUUCAGGGCCCGCUUGCGCUCUUUGCUUGUGCCUUCAAAUGCAGCAGCCAUUUAUGUAAUCAUGCUGACUGCUGCGGGCAGGGGGAAGGUACAUGUGCCAUUUGGGCCGAUGUUUUGAAAAUAGCUGAGUGGAUUUAGCAUAUUUAUUGAAAUAGACCUGGCCCUCAGAGUCCUUUUCAGAUAUGGAGCCCGGUAGAAGUAGAGAGAGUGGCUUCCUUUCUGGGUCUGGAGAUGGCAAGCUCACUUUUCCGUCUAGGAAGCACUGUUGGGAAGGAUGCUCAUUGGAAAUGGCAUUGAAGCAGGCUGUGUGUGUAUGUGUGUUUCCCACGGGAGCACAGAGCUUAGGCACCGUGCAGACUCGAUGCCCUCCUCUCUUUGCUCCUGUUUUGGAUUUUUUUUUUCUCUUUGCACAUUUGAAAUGCUUUGUAGGAAUGCAUUCAAACUCUUUCUUUUGAGAACUAAGGCUUCCAGGCGACAGUCAUCCUACCUAAGGGUCUCUCCCAGUCAGACACAGCCUGACGGGAAGCCCGCAGCACGGAGGAAUGUCAGAACAAUGUCAGAACUGCUGGGACAGCCUGGAGCUUUGCUCAGACACGGAACAGGGCCUUGGGCCUCCUGUUGUUUUUGGAAAGUUCAAAUUUGCAGGGACGAGGAGCUUGCUGACUAAGCAGAAAGGUUUUUAAGCAGUUGCAUUUCCAAAAUAGUAUCUAUUAAAUGAUCAGGAACUGGUCUUGAGGAAGGGAAAUAAAAAUCCCAACCAUUGUGUUUCCCAGAUCUCUUUUUAAAGUUUUUUAUGCAUGCGCACAGACACUACUCCUGUGUAAUUUGUCAUUUUCUGUAGGCUCUUCAAGAAGAGAAGCAAAAUAUUCCAGAGGAAAGCAUCACUGUCAUCCUAGAUUAAGUAGUUGUGUUUUAAUAUUUAAUAGUCAUGUACAUUCAUGAAGGGCUUUUAUUUUUAAAAAACAAUUUUUUUCAGGGACUAAGUGUAACCCAGUGGUACAGAAUUUUCCUACCAUUCAGGAUGCUCUAACUGCAGUCCUCAGCACUGCCAAAAACCAAUUUAAACUAGCAGGAAAGGGAGCUAGUUUCUAGAAUAGUACACAGGGUAAACCUACAUAGUGAUAAGAUUAAAGGCUGUGUGGCGAUCAGGUUAACAUCAUGGCUUUCCUGUGACAGCAAACAGUUUUUACUGGUUCACAGAAGUACAGUUUGUCUUGUCUUCUUAUUGUUGGCAUAAAUCUAAUGUACCGAUAGGCACUCACCUUUUACAGUAGGAUGACUUGUAUUGGCAGUGUUUGUGUUACCAAUCUAGUCUUUGUAAUGUGAACUUUUCAACCCAAGCAUUCUUGGGUCCUUUUCCUUUCUUUUUGGCAAGCUUUCUGAAGUGGAAUAGAAUGUGUUACAGGAGUGCACAACACUGUUCUGCAUGUUUUUACUUCUUCUUCUUGUCUUUCUUUUUGGUGGGAGGGUCUGUGUAGAUUCUUUUUAGCAAAAUAAAAUUCAGAAAAAGAUGCA